CGCUUCAAAAUGUUAAAGAAAACUAGGAAGUUUAUUGGUAAAUCCCUUCAGCCAGCACGACCUGUGCAUCAUCUGCCUUCUAAACAAGCCAUUGCCUUGGACUUUCCGACUGAACUGCCCAGCAGCACUGAAGUGUGUUUGCCCAGUAAGGCUGACCGGUCAUCUGAAACGACUGAAGUGAAGAACUUAACUGAAACUAUGAUGGCCUGUCAACCAAACCAGCAUGAAUCAGAAGAAAAAAAAGGAAGGAUCAAAUACAGCAGAGAUUUCCUUCUGAAACUUUCGAGUGCUUCUCUCUCUCAGAAGAAGCCAGAGUUUCUUUCUGACCAUCCAAUUAUACUUGAAAAGCCAGAAAAGAGAAAUCCUUUUAUUGACAUGUGUAAGAAGUGA